ACCUAACGCAGUAUCGUUCUGAUAGGCGCGCGCACCACAGUGCGGCGCCAGGGAAGUGAAAAUUAAGUGCAGACGUAAAAAACAACAAGAUUCUCUGGAUUUUUUAACACCAGGAAGCGGGUCACCCAGCUGAUAGGAAGCGGUCACCGUAGAGACGCGUGCGGGCCCGCCAAGCUGGUGGGCCCGCCACCGGAGAGAAGAAGAAGAAUUGUACGUAAAGCAGCACUAAGCCAAGAUGGAGCAGUUCGAGUCGCUGUUGACGUGUUGCGUCUGUUUGGACCGGUACAGAAAUCCCAAGCUGCUGCCAUGCCAGCACAGCUUCUGCAUGGAGCCGUGCAUGGACGGCCUCGUCGAUUAUGUUAGAAGACAGGUCAAAUGUCCAGAAUGCAGAGCAGAACACAGGAUCCCGUACCAAGGAGUCCAAGGAUUCCCGACAAACGUUACCCUGCAGCGGUUCUUAGAACUGCAUGCUCAAAUAGCAGGGGAACUUCCAGAUCCUACUGCUGGCCAGGUCAUGGAAAGGUGCAAUGUUUGCUCGGAAAAAGCAUAUUGCGCGCCAUGUGCUCAUUGCGAUAAGAAAGUCUGCGAAGACUGCAAAGCAGCACACAUGGAAGUACUUAGGAGGGAAAUCUCAAGAAUUAAUAAUCAAAUCCGUCGUGGUGUAAAUAGGCUUCAAGAUAUUUUAGGUAUAGUUGAACGUAACACGACAAAUCUUCAAACCAACUGCGCUUCAGUAGCUGCUGAAAUUGAUGAGAUACACAAACGCUUAUCUAAAGCAUUAAAAGAUCGUACUGACUUCUUAAGGAAUGAAGUUGACAGGUAUCUUGCAACUGAGCUAAGAAACUUAACAAACCUUAAAGAUAAUCUAGAGUUAGAAUUAAGCAAUAUACAGAGCAACUGUGAUCUCGCUGAUAAAUAUAUGAACGAUGACGUCGAGUGGGAAGACACUGAGUUAGUCGACACUAAAGAAAUUUUCUUAAAAACCGUGGAGUUCCUCAGAAACUUUGAUUAUGAAGCUGGUGACUACAAUCGUAGAAUGAGGUUCAUAAUGACACAUGAUCCAAAUCAAUUAGUGUUACAUGUUGCAAGCUACGGUGAAUUGAACAUAAGUCAUCCUAAUGCAUAUUCAAGUGGUAUUCAACAAAGUCAGUCGGGGCUCACAAGGUCUAAAAGUGAUCAUCGCUUGGCAACACAAUUCCGCCAGCAAGAAGAAGCUAAGGGUUAUACGGAAAACGAUGAACCGAUAUUGGGCGGACGCAAAUUUGGUGAGCGCCGUCCACCACCUCCUGAAAAACAUACAAGAGAUUAUGGCGCGGACGAUUAUAGUGGAUACGAGUCUGAACAUAGACCUUCGCGUAGGUUCCGUUCUCGUUUUGUAAGAAGUCAUCAACAAGAUAACGAUUCUGACUCUGAACAACAAACAACAACCAAACAAAAAGCAGAAGAGAAACAAAAGGAAAAAGAGAAGGUGACUGACACCGAAGAUGCUACUCGUGGGCCACUCAGUGGCAUCUUCAGAUUGAACGAUUGUCCACGUGUCAUCCAAAGAAUAUUAGACGUAGACAGUGGAAAAAAGAAAGAAAAAAAAGAACCACCACCACCCCCUAAACCUGUUCAACCUACACCGCAACCUCGUCGUCCGCCACCACCCACACAGAGGCAACAGAGUGAAGAUGAUGAAAUAUCGCGUCUAAAGAGACAGAACAAAGGAGCAGCCUCUUCCCAAGAAGCGGACCGGGCUUCUCAACGCGCUGCGGAAGAAGAAAGAAACGCUGUUAAUCGUAAACCACCGACUCCUGCCCGGGAGGCGUCCAGCGACGGUGAAUCUGAUGAAUCUGUUGGAACUCGACAACAAACACAGCAGCGUAAAAACGCUUCUUCAGUUCCAAAGCCAGCGGCACCAGCUAGAAGACCUUCAGCAUCAGAUACACCAUCCGCACACCGACCGGCAGCCCGCGCUCCCAGCACUGAAUCAAGCGCAUCCACAGAAAGUUCCGGCUCGGCGGUAAAACACACAGGUGCGAUACUCACUAUUGCUGAAUUAAAAGCAAAAUACAACAGUGAUGGGCUUCCACCAAAACCUACUCGUUUAUUUUCCACAGGAAAUGAGAGAACUGCGUCAGUAACUACGAAUGGAACAGCCGGCGGGGCACAGCGGGUCCAGAGUCGUUUUGUUGGUUCUCAACGACCGGCCCCCGCCCCGGCGCCCGCCGAGCCGGCUCACGAAGAUUCCGAUACAAGUUCCGAAGAGGAAACGGAUUCGUCGGAGGAGAGUGAAGAGGAGCCUGCUUCGCAAAGAAAGCCCGAGAGUCAGGCGAUGGCUCGCAGCGACAUAGGUCCGCUAUUAGCGCGUAGCACAAAUGCUCGUAAUGACGCCCAUGAUACUAAAUCUAAAGAUCCUCCUACCCCUUCUCGAUACCGUACUAGAAACUCAUCUCAAACAGAAGAAGAACCCACUUCUCGUUACGGCACUAGUACUCAAUCUUCGUACAGCAAUCGUUACGGCAGCAAGCCUAAAGAUGACGAGCCUUCAUCUUCGUUCGAUGACGAUUCAAAAUACCCCACCGCUCGAUCAAGAUAUCUUGCUCUUAAAGAAAGGCGUAACCGUCUUGCAAGAAGUAAGAGUAGCCAUACCGGUUUUGGGGUAGGCGACGACGAUGAUGCAGAUGAGCCUGUGUCUCCAACUACAGCUUCACCUUCAGCUUAUCUUGCGGCUCGAUACGGCUCCGGCACCGGAGGUUCGGAGUUGUCUCGAAGCCGUUCGUCGCACGCUUUGAAAUCUAGAGAGAGCUCGCCAGAACGACCAGUUACAGGCGAGAAAGACGGAGCGGCCUUGAGUUCUUGGGCUAGAUACUUGAAGAACAAAUACGGGUCGCGGGGCAAGGAGCGCGAUACUGGCACGUCGUCUAGCACGUCACGUCGCCUUUCUCUCGGGCUGCCCUUGCGUUCAGCCAAUGAGCUUGCCAGUUCUGAUGACGAUUCAAAAAACGCGGCAGGCUCCCCCAUCUCCCCUACGGCGGCUACAGCAGCGGUAGCAGGUUUCGCAGCAGCAGGUUCCUCCCCUAGGAGCCAGUAUCUGCAGAAACGCCGUUUACAAUUCAGCGUGGGGAGUCGGGGGAGCGAACCCGGUUGUUUCACAUGGCCUCGUGGUAUCGCUGUAGGUCCCGACAAUACAAUGGUCGUGGCUGAUUCUUCUAACCAUCGAGUGCAGGUGUUCGACUCCAAUGGCAUAUUCGUGAAGGAGUUUGGUCAAUACGGUAGUGGGGAGGGAGAAUUCGACUGCCUGGCAGGCGUCGCUGUCAACCGCAUCGGGCAGUACAUCAUUGCUGACAGAUACAAUCAUCGCAUACAGGUCUUCGACCCAGCUGGUCGCUUUUUACGAGCAUUCGGCAGCCAGGGUACUGGAGACGGUAAAUUCAAUUAUCCCUGGGGAAUUACCACGGACGCGCUCGGCUUUAUAUACGUGUGUGACAAGGAAAACCAUAGAGUUCAGGUGUUCCAAUCGGACGGUACGUUCGUGGGUAAAUUUGGAUCCUUUGGCUCCAAGCUUGGUCAACUCGAGCAUCCCCACUACAUAGCCGUAUCCAGCACCAACAGAGUCCUGGUCUCGGACUCCAACAACCACAGGAUCCAGGUCUUCGAUGUCAAUGGAAGAGUUCUCUCGUCAUUUGGCGAUGAGGGGUCGGAAGAUGGGCAGUUUAAAUUCCCGAGGGGCGUAGCCGUGGACGAUCAAGGCUACAUAGUGGUGGCUGACUCCGGUAACAACCGUAUCCAGAUCUUCCACCCCGACGGGACCUUCCUCAGGGCCUUCGGGUCCUGGGGCUCGGGCGACGGGGAGUUCAAGGGUCUGGAGGGCAUCGCAGUCAUGUCAGGCGGGAACAUCAUUGUUUGCGAUCGGGAGAAUCAUAGGGUUCAAGUGUUUUGAAGUGCCCGUAUAUUACACCCAGUGCCGAAUGCAGCCAAAGAAUAUACCAAAUAUCAAUCAGAUUUAAUAAUAUUUAAAUGUAAAUAAUUUUUCUACAAAUCGAGUCACUGUUUAUAACCAUUUGCUAUUUAAAAGUGUUUUGUUAUACCAAAUGUUAU